UUAGGUAAUGGUAGAACAAUUCCUCUACUAUUACCUUUAUCGAGGAGGAAGCACACAUAGCAAUAACGAGAUAAUCGAAGCUAUAAUUGAAGAGAUCAAGGACUAUGUAUUCGACGAACGAGGAAUCAUACUGUCGCCUCACGGCUACAGCGGAAUUCCACUACAGGGUGAGACGCCCUUGACGACAAGACCAGAUGAUUUGUGGAAAAUUAUCGACAUAUUGUUCAAAAUGAGCACGGAAUUUGAAGGCCUCGUUUUUCGGAUCGCCACAACUAAUGAAAGCGAUAAUCUUUUUUAUCGUGAAGCAGAGCGAAAUGAAGUGCUCCCGAAAUGGGUUUCCAAGGCUGAGGAUUUUACCCGCAGGGUUUAUGGAUUCGCUGGUGUUCUUCACGUUGUCUCUCCGGAAGUGAACGAUAAAUAUCCUAAUUUGUCUGACAUUGAAAUUGUGAGGACUCAUCCACGUGAAUCCCGCAACAUUCUAGUGACGGAGGCUGUGAAGCAGAGGCUAAUGAUAGCUGCUGCUCGAAAUUUUGGAAUGCAAAGGACAAGUGUCAAUCUCCCAGCGGAGCUAGCCUACAUCGCUCGACAGCGACCUGAACUACUAAGCGCGGCUGUGAGAGAAUUUGCGGCUGGCGUUGACAAAGAGGAGUCAUCUGAACGUCGCUCGUCUGACAGCGAGGAUGUCAUGGUUCACGUUAAUCUUAACGCCACUGAUUGGCAGACCGUAACUGCCGUUGCUGAUAUUGAGAUGCCUUGUGACAUUGUUUCCUAUCGCAUUUCACGAGCAUUGUUAGCGUUUGACCGUCGUCAUUCGGCUUUUCAGAACGGUGUUCACAUCCCAGAUGACACGCAGCUGUUCAAGCGAGUCACGGAUCGUUUCGAAAGGGAACGUCUCAACUUCUUGUUUUCCAAUCUUUUCAAGUCGCAGAGUUCUCUUACACACACGUAUCAGAUUGCAAAAACUUGUGUUUCUGAUAAGCAUAUGGCGGAAUGCAGGAAGCUGUUCAAAGAUGGCAUGUCCUCUUCGAGCGAUGCGCAGAAUUCCGCUUGCUCUGGUGACGACGAAAGCGACAGCAAGAUUCGUGAUUCAAAGCGACAUGUCUACAAAAAGCGACGAGGUGACCUAGGGAAAAAGCGGGUGCUGGCGGCAAUUGUCCCAAAAAUGAAUGUAGAAGUGCCUUGCGAUGAAGAAAUUCCUCCCGUCACUACGAGUACUGGGCAGCUUCGACACUUUGAGCGAGCUGUGAAUGGGGACGAUGUUUAUAAGGAGUCGUCUGACGAGCGUUCGCUUGGCGAAGAAGAAGAUAUGGAUUUAUUCGUUGCAAAACCAAAGCACAAGCUGAAGACGGCACCGUUGCCUUCGAAAACAACCCUUGACACGUUGACGGUUUCUGAUGAUGACUGCAGUUUCGAUGUGUCCGAGCUAAUGAAUGCUCCUCCAAUAGCCGUUGCCGAUGAAGAUUUCGACAACAUAUGAAUGUGUCACUUUCACUCAAUAGCGCGUGGUAUUUCUACUUGUCCAAAUAUAGUGUUUUAGAAUUUUUAGGGAUUUGAUCGAUUAUUGCUCACAUUGGUAGGAUUCUCUUAUUUGUACCCGCGUACUUGCCAAAUUAGCUGUAACUUUGCAAAUCCCUGUUCGAACUUUCAUGACAGCUCCCAGAAUGAGCUUUGUAAAAUCUGACGUUCAUCAUCGCGGGGUUUUCUCUUGUCAACAUCAAAGCCGGCGCAUAGGCUCAAAAAUCGCCUUUUUGUUUCGGCUUGUGCGAGUGGCCAUUUUUUUAUCGCAAUUUUUUGACAGGUUUUCGAAUCCACUAGUCUUGCAAGCAUGAUAUAUAUUAAGGACAUAGUUUUGUCUGUACAUAGGCUCAACACUACAUUAACCCAUACGUGUUCAUUCUUAUCUUAGCUAAUGCUUAUCGCGCUUUCCUCAAUGUGCUCACACUGCUGAAUUUCACGAUCAAUGCUGUUAUUGUUCAUUCAUCAACAUGACAGCCAAUAUCAGUUGAAAUUAUAUGAUUUUUAUCAAUGGUAAUCUCGGUGAUAUUCUCACAUUAGUUUCAUUGCCUUAGAUUAUUUGUGAUUGUUCAAUUGAAAGCAGCUGAACCCUUUAUGUUCCAGGGUGCACAGUUUUGAUAUCAGGUCUCAUCUCUCGACUUUCACUUUUAUGAGAUUUAAGGAAUGAAAGGGUUUGAGA